AUGCCCGAUGAAUUUAAUCGAUAUUAUAUUAAAAUUCGGCCAAUCCUGGAAAUAGAUGCAAAGACAAUUUGCGAAGAACUUACAACAGCAUUGGGAUCUGAUGCUCCAGCAUAUGCAACUGUUGCAAAAUGGGCGAAACGUUUUCGUGAAGGGAGAGAGGAUGUCAAUGAUGACUUUCGAUCUGGUCGUCCGAUUUUGGUACUUACAGAUGAAAAUAUCGAACAAGUUCGCAAAGUUAUCGAAGAUGAUCCACAUUCAACCUAUGAUGAUAUCAUAGCCGUGACUUCCCUUUCUGAUGGUACAAUAGAACGGAUCAUUCAUGACUGUUUAAAGAUGAGAAAAGUUACAUCACGUUGGGUUGCUCACAAACUCAGUGAUGAACAAAAGCAACAACAACUUAGAGUUUGUCGUCAAAAUCUAGCAAACUUUCAGACUGGGAAAUGGAGGUUAUCUGAUGUAAUUACUGGUGAUGAGACAUGGAUUUAUCAUAGACAGAUUGGUCGAACGUCAAGUAAUACUACAUGGAUCACCGAAAAUGAACCAUCAAGGACCAUUGUUCGUCGAAAUAGAUCUGAGCCCAAAACAUUGUUUUGUUUAUUCUUUAAAUCAAAUGGUCCUGUUCUUAUACACAAAGUUAAGAUCAAAUCUAAAUUUCAAGACUGUAUUCGGACUCCUCGUGAGAAGGCCGAUCGGAUCAUACUAAACAUGAUUUCAUUUUACACAGAUAUUGAAUAUCAAAUAUGUUCUUACUAUUUGACGACCGCACGACAACACAGAACUAUCUUGAGUCCUUAA